UUCAUCUCGAAAAUUUUCUGAGAAAAAAAGGAACAGAAAACUUGCAAAUAAAGCCUAUUACUUUUGAGUGCAAAGUCGAAGCGUAUUAUCCAACUGCCCACUGCUGUUUUCAAGCGUAUCCUGAUUAAUUAGUUACCAUAAUAGACACAGGCCUUCUGAAAAAGUUGGAUUGAGAGAUUGAAGAUUUAAAACGAAUUGGAGAUUUAAGGAUUGUUAGCAAAGCUUUAAGAACUAAGAACAUGGAUAGCAGCUCAAGGACCACGCAAUUAAGGGAGACGCAGCUAAUCUCCUACAGAAAUCAACUAAAAUCAGACAUUCGCAGCAUGUUGGUUAACUUUGAAGAAAUCUUGAAGCUAGCUUGCGAUAAUGAAAGUCCCAGCCAAGUCUCUAAAAGCACUCAGUGCGAGAAGGACGCUUUGGAACUUCAGGUGCGGGCAGGCAAUAUAGUUCGCGCCGGAGAAUCUCUAAUUAAGAUGGUGAAGGACCUUAAGGAAUUCUAUAUUUUCUACAAUUACGCUUCCAUCGACGAGGAUAUCAGAAGGAAUUCGGAAUUGUGCAUAGCUACGCAAGGCGAAUAUGACGAAAAGAUAGCGAAAGUUGCAGAUGAAAUGGAAGAGGAUCUGUCUGAUUUGGAGGAGGAGUACUAUAACAGCUCAUACAAAUAGUCCCUAAAAAUCAAAGGAAUAACCUCGGAGCAAACAAUGCUUGCCAUUAUUAAAUACAAUUGUUUUUUAUAUGUAAACAAAUAAAGACUCUUUGUUUCUGAUACUA